CCUACUGCAGACGUUGCUGAUGGAACAUGAAAGCGAGUGACAGUUGUUUAUGUGAAGCGGUCAAUGAAUUGGUUUGGCUUCGGUUUCGAUGGCUUUGGCCAGAUAAGGCCGGCAGAUGUGAGUGGACAGGUAUUGUGUAAAGUGAACACACCUGUCCUGAUAUCAGAUGUGUGCAGGUCAAACUGUAGAGUCAGGGUCAGAGCCAGCUGGAGCUCCAGAGCUGAUGUGCAUCAUGCAGACUGUUGCAGUGGUGUGUGUGUGUCCGGGUUCGCGUCUGGUUCAUCAGAAGAGGUUGGCCGAGGUAUUCUUCCACAGAGUCAGGGCUGCACAGACGCUCUCAUCAGUGAAAGAUACCUGACGCUCAACUUCACAGACAGAGUGGAAUGCUGGGAAAUCCAAUGCCCACAACACAAGCUUGUGUGGAAGAGAGAGCAAGACAAUACCGGACAUGCUGCUGCACUGCCAUUAGUGUCAGGAGGCUACAUCAUGCCCAAACCUCCUUUUUUCCGUCCUCUCUGCUCUAAACUGUGUGCCUUGAGCCUGGCGCUGGGCUCUGAACACGCUGUGCUGCUGACGUCGGACGGGACUGUGUAUUCCUGGGGAUCUGGAAGUCACGGUCAGCUGGGUCACGGUGCUCUGACGUCACAGGAGGAACCUCAGGUGCUGGAGGCGUUGUGGGGCGUCCCGAUCAGAGCAGUGUCUGCUGGGAACUGGCACUCCGCGUCCGUCAGCGCUGGUGGGGACCUGUAUAUGUGGGGAUGGAAUGAAAGCGGGCAGCUCGGCCUGCCAUCUAGAGGCCUGGAGGAGGAAAAGCGCAGAGGAAAAAGCAGUGGAAACACUGGGCAGCCCGUAAAUGAAGAUGGAAAGAAGGAAGCGGAUGUGUUUAUUUCUAUUCAAGCGUUCCCAGCUCUAGUAGACGUGCCUAAUGUGUCCGAGAUCAGCAGGAUCAGCUGUGGAUCCCGUCAUACAGCGGCCGUCUCCGGUACAGGGGAUCUGUACACCUGGGGAUGGGGCCAUUAUGGACAGCUGGGACAUGGCACUGAAAAUAGCACAGAUGAGCCAACACUGGUGGAUUACUUCCCUAGCCAUCGAAUGUGCGUUAAGGAUGUUAUUUGUGGGUUAUGGAACACUUUUGUGUCCGCUGUGCCAAAAGAACAACCUCCAUCCAGACUGGAAUAGACUGAGUGUCCUAUAAAUACAGAGAUGUCAAACUUGCAGAUUUAGAUUUUAUUAAAUUAGGUACAAAUAUAUGAUCCAAAAUAAGGAUAGAAAGUCAGUUUUUUUAACAGAGUAAGUAAAAAUGUUCUCAGACAUAUAGAAAUGGUAGAAAUAUUGAAUAAGAAUAUACAUUCAUAAUUAGGACACUAUAUUAUUGAAAGAUCAAAGGCGCAGGUGAAAGAUCCGGACCGGAAGCAGCUUCCAUUCGGUGUAAACUUCACAACACAAUCUUGAAUGAACUG